AUGAUUUCAAAGCCAGAAGACAAGGCCAUGCACCAGCUGCGGUGCCAGCAAUCCGAGCUACUUGAUAAGAUUGAUGAACUUCGAGGCAUCGGAGUUGGAGGUCUCGUGGAGCUUCCUCAGCUCAUUGUCUGUGGUAGUCAGUCCAGCGGCAAGAGCUCGGUUCUUGAAGCCAUCUCCAGAGUACGCUUCCCAACCAAGGGAACACUUUGCACACGAUUUGCGACCGAGGUCAUUCUUCGUCGGAAGCCACAGACGAGAGUAAAAGUUUCAAUCGAGCCAGGAGACUCAAGAACAGAUGAGCGAGAGCGAGAGAGACUCCGAAACUUUACCUCGGAGGCCUUUUCGAGCGACAACGAUCUCUCUGAGCUGAUCAAUCAAGCCAGGGAUUUCAUGGGAAUCAGCGACAACGUCAAUCAACACGCCGGCUUCAGCGAUGACGUUCUCAAGAUUGAGAUCUCUGGGCCAGAUAAGCCAGAACUUACUCUUGUGGAUCUCCCUGGCCUAUAUACUUCCGCUAGCAAGGAACAGAGCAAGGAGGGAAUUCCAAUCGUUCGGCAGUUGACAGAAAGAUAUAUGGCUAAAAGCCGCAGUAUUAUCCUUGCCGUCAUCAGUGCAAAAGUGGACUAUCAUAUCCAAGAGGUCUUGGACAUAGCGAAGGAUCAUGAUCCACACUAUGAAAGAGUCCUUGCUAUCGUCACUCAUACCGACAAACUUGACGAGGGGUCGGACGAGGAAGAGCGAUACCUACAGUAUAUCAGGAAUGAAGGUAUCAAGUUGAAGCUAGGAUGGCACGCCUUACGCAACCGCUCACACAAGACACGCAAUGUCCCCGAUGACGAACGUGACGAAGAGGAGAGGGUUCACUUUUCGAAGGGGCGAUGGGCUUCUCUUCCUCGUGCACACGUGGGAAUUGACCGUCUCCGACAUCGACUAAGUAGCAUUCUACUCAAGCAUAUCGCUGGAAAUCUACCGAUUUUGAUCAGAGAUAUCGAUCAGAAAAUUGAUGACCGGAAGCAAAGCUUAGCCAAGCUUGGAACAGCACGACCAACAACUAGAGAUCAACGAGGCUUCUUACUCAACAUUAGCUCCAAUUUUCAGCGAAUUGCGGCGGAAGCCUUGAAUGGCAUGUACUCCAAGGACUUCUUUGGUGGCCUGAACAAUGAACUCUUGGAGUCUGGAGAUGCUCGUCGCCUACGUGCCGUCAUUCGCGAAUUAAAUGAGUAUUUUGCAGAUGCAAUGUCCAUGCACGGUUUCCGUCGACAGCUCCCCAAAGGUGUCAGCGAGGUGCCGAAGCCACUAUCGGACUUGAGAAACCUUAAGUUCCAAUCAUACUUGAACCAAUGGGUACCGGAAAUGGUCACCGAAGAAGAGCUUAUGAACCAAAUGAUGAGGCAAGCUUCGAACAAUCGUGGCAUUGAAUUCCCUGGAAGCGCCAACCAGCUGCUCGUUGGGGAGUUAUUCCGCGAUCAGGCUAGACCAUGGGGAGAUAUCGCCCAGUAUCAUUUGAACCAAGCCUGGGAGUCGGUAAAUGAGUUCGUCCAGCUUGCUUUUGGGUAUCUUACCGACGAUAGUACUCAAAAGGCACUCUUGGCCGGUGUUAUUAACCCAGAAUUGGAAAAGCUAAGAGAUUCUCUGGAUAACAAACUUGAUGAAUUACUUUCCUACACGACAAGCGGCCAUCCUUUGCCUAUUGGGAGAAGCUUCCUUGAGAGAAUUCAGCAAUCUCGAAUAAACCACCAGAUGCGGAACUUGAAGGAUAAUCUAGUAUUCAGCAAUAAUUCCUCCGAGAACUGGGGUGAACAAGGGCAAAACACAUUUACUCUUCAUGACCUCGAGAAUGCUGCUACCCAACUUCAGACCACGGAAGGCCAAUUUGCAGUUGUCGACAUUGUGACUCAGAUGCAGACAUACUAUGAAACUGCUAUAUUGGUUUUUAUCGAUAAUGUCGCUAUUCUUGCCAUCGAGAAUUGCUUACUUCGUCCCCUGGAACAUAUCUUCUCAAAUCAAGUCAUCAACAGCAUGGACGACGAGGAAAUCGAAAAGCUUGCCGGGGAAUCCCAAGAAGUUAAAGAAGAGCGAGAGCGAUUGAGUCGAGAAUUAAAGAAGCUGGAGGCUGGCAUGCGAACCCUCAGCACUUUUAGUGCUGAUAGGUCGUCUUUAAGCCGGCCAUCCGCCCUAGAAGCCCAGCUCCCUCUCGCAGAAGGAGCAGCGCUCAUCACAGGGGCAACUCGCCUGCUAUCCAAAUCAAUGGAAGUUCGAACGGGACAAAUCAUCAGGGAAGUUUUGAGAUUGGCGAUGUCUAUUGAGUUUCUUGCUUAG